GAAGUGGUUGUUCAGAUUCCGGAUAUCUUCCGUAUGACCAAAGAGGGUCGCCAUUGUAGUAUUACAUCCGUUACGGACGCCUAAACGACAAUAACCGUUUGUUUACGUCAACAGCUGAGACAGGCCCAUAUCUGGCUAUCUUGUCAUUCAGCCACAGUACAGGGACAGCGAAGCAGCCAAAAUGAUUCUCUCUCGAGCUGAAUUGAUUUUGUUUUGGGGGGUGACAGACAUGUUAAUAUCGUCAGUGACUACAUGUAGUUGGACGGACCGCAAUCGUGAGGACCGAGCGUUGAAGAAAUGUCUGGGUCACUGGAACGUUUACACCGACACCAACGUCAUCGACCUGCAGAAGACUUUGUUUGGCGCUAACUUAACACACGUCUGUCAAAAUGACGCAAUAGAGGCAGCUGACCACUGCGUGACCACUGUUCCCGUCCACAGGUGCCCCAUGGUGCUGUUGUUCUGGCGCCACUUUAUCGACCCUAUUUCUCAGGCGUGUAAUAACAUCAAUGAUUUCACUCACUCUUUAGUAUGCAUUGACAAGAAACAAUUGAAAAUGUGUCAAGGUAUCGCCAAUAAUCUCGGCCCCUACAGUCGAAGGAGAAGUGUCAGAAAGAAGGAAUGCGGAACAAUUUCAAAUUAUAAAACCUGUAUGAAUCAGAUAAUCAAAAAAGACCCGGAUUGUAAGAGCAAUGCUAUUGGGCCGCUAGAAAACACCAUUGGUCUUCAUCUUCUGCACCUAGGGGUGUAUUACAAGUGUUCUCAAGAUUUCCCUCUCGUUCUGCAGCCCGUGGACACUUUACAGGGUAGGUAUAUAACACACACCACCCGUGAGAAACUCCUAGUUUUCUAUGUUCGUCUUUGCAACAGGCCGAAAACCAGUCGGCCGUUCUGCUCAUCUGUCUAUAAUAGCAAUUUGUAAACGGCCUUGGCGUCAACGCAUUGAAAAAUGUCCUUUUUCAAAUCUUUUACAAAUAUAUUUUAAUGAAGAUGGUUAACAUUGAUGUUCGAUAGUUUUUCGUAGAUAAUUACCAAUUUUAUAUUUCAAGCCUAAUAUUGUUAGGGGUUUUUCGUCGCCAACAAAGUUUGCCUUGUAAGGGAAAUGUCCUGGUGCGAAACGCUAUUUUGGUGUUUGAGAUAGGAGACACAGUGUUCUCGUGCACGACCCUUUAAAUGUACAAGAUAUUGCAUUCCUUGCCAAUCAUUUGCAUAACGUAUUUGCACAUGCUCAUAACAUUUAAUCAUAUGAAUUGGAUAUAAUGUGGUAUCCUAUAAGGCUGCGUGAUCAGUGCAUCGAUUUAAUAUUGAAGCAGUGAUGCCGAGAUUGGGUUAAUCCUAAACUCAACGUACAAUGUAUAGUUGGUAAAAUAUUUCACAAACUGAUUUUUCUCAUUUGUAUAGGUCUUCCUUAUAACACACCAUUGGGAUACGAAUCUGACUUCUUCGACUGAAGUACACCAACCAAACUAUCAUCAGAUCUCUUCGAUUUAUGUCCCGAAACAGAAUGGUUUCCUGCAGAUACAAUUAAUCCGCCUCCACGUCUAACUGAAAAUCCCCAUGCAAUUCGUCAUUCCGCAUAUAGCGAUACUGCAGCUGGAACAAGGCAUUCAAUUUCUCUGUAUUGUCGAACGCGGCAUGGCUUUAAUUCACACGUGCACCCUGAAUCAACGCUCGCUGACAGCCGCUUUAUGCUGCAAGCGAUUCAAAAGAAAAUAGGGGUGAUUAUGAGCAACAGUGACACUGAUUCCGGACAGACAGUAGCUCUGGAAGAACUGUCAACCGCUGGAAAAGUGAUGAAAGACGACGAAUUCAGCACUGUAAUGGAUGCUCACCUCCCUAAGUCUAAGCAUGACAACAACCUUUUAUACAGUAUAACCAUUUUUAAUGUCGUACACAAUGUAUAAUUUGACUAGGUUAACAUGAUAAACAAACAAUUUGUAUAACGCAUAUAUAGAUAUGAAAUCUAGCAGAUAAUGACCAUUUAAAACACAGGUUGCACUGUAUGACAAAUGAAGAAGAUUGUGCAUUAGAAUAAUGGACUGAGUUUAUCAGCGCAAACCUUAGAACUUUCUUGGUAAUCAAAAACGACUUGGGAGGCAGUUAAUAUGUACACAACUUGCAAUGAAGUAUUGCACUUAAUCAAUAAUAAUAUCAUUUGACAGCAAUUUAUCUUUGGUAAGAAGGAACAUAGGUACAAUAUACAUUAUCAUAGUGAAAGUUAACGAUACAAAUAAUCUCCAAUAUCAAAGUCUGCUGUAUAAAGUACAAAACCUACACUGUAACACGGAACUGUCUACACUGAAUGACCAUUACAAGCGGUGCAGGUACAUAACAUGUAUGUGACAAUUUUGGCACAAAAUAUAAUCACUUUACAUCAGUCUACAGUGAUAAAUAAUGCUGGAUUUGAAGAAGCGCUGAAUUAGAAAUGUUAAGGUAUACUCUCAGUACAUUUACAUGUAACCAUACAAUUCCAGUUGUAGAAACGGUCAAACUGCAAGCACCUUAAUUAUGCUUCAAGUUUUGUCAGACUGUAUGUCAACAAAAAAACAAACCAAGGCACAAACUUUUACAAAAUACUGUAACAUAUCCCAUUGCAAUAUCAAGCAUUUGUCAUAUUUAUACGUAUAUACAUAUGUAUAUCAUUUCAUAUCUAUUUGGAAUGGUUGGCAAGUUCACGAGUUUCUGCAGAGUGCUAACUAAUAAGUUAUCUGUAUGUUGGCUGAAUAAAUGAAUCUUUGUGAC